AGCCAAGUUAUCUCAAGAUAGCGGAUGGGGUGUGAUGGUUUCUCACCGCUCCGGUGAAACCGAAGAUACAUUUAUUGCCGAUCUUGUUGUCGGCCUUCGUACUGGUCAAAUUAAGACCGGUGCACCUUGCCGUUCUGAACGUUUGGCGAAAUACAAUCAACUCUUGCGUAUCGAAGAAGAAUUAGGUGACAGUGCGAUUUACGCUGGUGAAAACUUCAGGCAUGCACACAAAUUGUGA